AGUGCUGGGGCAUCCUCUCCCCUACUCCGUUGUGUGACUGAGCUGAUAAUGCACUAUCAGAGCUAGAAGGACGCUAUAUAGAGGGGCUCCCCUCUCCACCCUCAGCAACUCUGCAACUGUAUGCUCAUUUGGGAUCAUCCUGUUUCACGGUUGCUGCUUCUAUUUGGUUUGCUGUCAUCAGGAGUUCCUUCAGCUUUUCCCCAAAAGGACCCUAUACUUCACCCAUAGGACUGCACUGUAAAGAGGGUUUGCUUUUUCCCUUCAAAAUUGUUGCGAAAAUGAAUGGCCCAGCAGAUCCCUCGAACCUACUCUUCAAUUGCUCAAGCCCAUCCAAUUUCUCUUUGGAAACCGCAGAGCAUUGUGGCAAAGAGACACACCUUGAGAACAUCCUUUUUGCCACUUUCUACUUCCUGGACUUCAUCCUGGCUUUUGCUGGCAAUGCCCUCGCUCUUUGGCUCUUCAUCCGGGACCAGAAGUCAGGCACACCUGCCAACAUCUUCCUGAUGCAUCUGGCUGUGGCUGACCUGUCCUUUGUGCUGGUGCUUCCUACCCGGCUGGUGUACCAUUUCUCUGGUAAUCACUGGCCAUUUGGUGAGAUCCCAUGCAGACUCACUGGCUUCCUUUUUUACCUCAACAUGUAUGCCAGUAUCUACUUUCUGAUGUGUAUCAGCGUUGAUCGCUUCCUAGCCAUCGUGCACCCUGUGAAGUCCAUCAAGCUCCGCAGGUCUCUUUAUGCCCAUUUGGCAUGUGCCUUCCUAUGGGUUAUAGUUGGGGUUGCAAUGGCACCUCUGCUGCUCAGUGUGCAGACAGCUGAGACGAAAAACACAACUGUCUGCCUACAGCUCUACAGAGAAAAGGCAUCACGUCAUGCCCUUGUGUCAUUAGCAGUGGCAUUCACCUUCCCGUUUGUUACUACAGUGACUUGCUACUUAUUAAUCAUUCAAAGCCUGAAGACUGGGAACAGAGUGGAGAAACACCUGAAGGAAAAAGCUAUCAAAAUGAUCAUCAUGGUGUUGCUGAUCUUUCUGAUUUGCUUUGUACCUUAUCAUGUCAAUCGUUACAUUUACAUUCUCCAUUACAAUGGAACCAAAACUUCCUGUGAAACGCAGCGUAUUCUAGCUCUCAGUAACCGCAUCACUUCCUGCCUCACAAGUCUAAAUGGUGCCUUUGACCCAGUCAUGUAUUUUUUUGUAGCUGAGAAAUUCCGUGAGGCUUUGUGCAAUCUGUUUUGUGUUAAAAAGACUGUAACGUUGCCUCAAACAUACGAGGGUAAAACAAAUGAAAGCUCACUAAGUGCUAAAUCUGAACUGUGA